CACAGUAAAAAGGGUAGGUUGGCUGGGAGGGAGAGAGAGCCAUGGGUCACGUAAGGAUGCUAGAUGCUGUAGGUAUGGCCGGAGAAGGAGGUCCUUUCACCCCUAGACGUCUGGCUUUCAUUCCCAUCGUUUUCUUCCUAGUAGUUCCCGGCCUCUUGCUGUCAUCAACUCUUGUACCAGUGCCUUCCUUCCAUGUCUGCCUUUCUUCUCUAACUCUCAACAUGUACAACUUCAGUGGCAGAAACAAUUCCCUGCAACAAUCCGAGCCUCGUGACGAUCCAGCCGGAAGAGUGCAUGUAGUUGAAGAUGUUUCUUAUGCUCCACUUGGAACUGAGACGCAGACUGAUCAAGGUAUGAAGAAAAGUAUUCAAUACGCAAUUGGUAUGGUACAGGAGCAGAUUCAUGGAUUGAGAUCCCCUGCCCGGAACAGGACGUGCCAAGGAGACGCAUGUGGGCACAUGUGUGAAGGAAAGGGCAUCUUCGUGUAUGAUUUGCCUGCAAAAUUCAACAGGCAGUUGAUGAAGGGAUGUGUUGAUAUCCUGCCAUGGAUGAAUUUCUGUGAGUAUAUAACUCACCAAGGCAUGGGGCAGCCGGUUCCCAAACUGGGUCGAGGUUGGUACAAGACAAACCAGUUCUCCCUCGAACCAAUCUUCCAUUCAAGGAUCAUGAAGCAUCCAUGUCGAGUUCUUGAAGAAGAUAAGGCCUCUUUGUUCUACAUACCAUUCUAUGCGGGCCUGAACGUGCUGCAGAAGAACUUUCAGAACGCUUCGGUGGAAGAAAAGGACCAACUUGGCCUGCAACUAGUAGAGUGGCUGAAGUCCAAGAGAUCAUGGAUUCAAAAUGAAGGAAAAGAUCAUUUCCUGGCAUUGGGCACACUCUCUUGGGAUUUUAGAAGGACUAGAGGCGUGUGGGGCUCAAAUUUCUUAGAGCUCAAAGAGAUGCAAAACCCAGUCAAGCUAAUAAUAGAGCGGCAACCGUGGCAUUCAAAUGAUGUUGGAAUCCCUUACCCCACAAAUUUUCAUCCUAAAACUGACAAGGAGAUCAGCAGGUUUCAAUCUAAGCUCUCUAGAACCAAGAGGAGAAUUCACGUCAGCUUCGCCGGCGCCGGGAGGCCUAACCUUACAGACAAUGUUCGUUCCUUUCUGAUCGAGGAAUGCGCCAACAACUCGAGUUUGUGUACAUAUCUUGACUGUAAAUCUGGCAGUUGUAUAAACCCCAAAACAGUGAUCAAGCUCUUCAUGGAAUCAGAAUUCUGUCUGCAACCUCCCGGAGACAGUCCCACAAGGAAAUCAUUCUUUGAUUCUCUUGUGUAUGGAUGCAUUCCUGUUAUAUUUGAUCCUUUCACCGCAUAUUAUCAGUACCCAUGGCACUUGCCAGAGGACCAUACUCUGUAUUCGGUCUACAUAAACCAAGAAGAAGUGAAACAGGGGAAGGUCAAGGUGCUAACUGCCCUUCAAAGCAUAUCAGCUAAGCAAAGAAAGGAGAUGAGAAGAUACAUAAUCUCAGAGCUCAUGCCGCAGAUUGUCUAUGCAAAUCCGAAUUCAAAUCUGCACAGGUUCAGGGAUGCUUUCAUGAUUUCUGUUGAUAAUCUGAUAAACAGGGCGGUGUAAUUUGUUUUGCAUCUGUACUGUUUAUCCUGCUCCCUGACUUGAAACUCUCCCAUCAAAAUUUUGUUAUAUUUUUCUUUUAUUGUCUGUGAGGAGUGCAGCCAAGCUGUGGUGGAGAAGUACUGAUCAACCCAAGUUUUACAGGUUCGGUUGAAGUAAGUAGAGAAGACAUAUGGGGAGUGCCAAUAAUGAUCUUGUAAUCAAACGAGAUUGCCAAUCAGGAUUUUCUGUUUGAUCCUCCUGUUUUAUUU